AUGAUUUUUUUGAGUCUUUGUACCGACUGUCAUAAAAAAUCAUCUAAUCCAAAAAGAGGCCUUGUUUCUAAACCAAUUUUGCAUUCAGCAUACAACUCGCGUGCACAAAUAGAUCUAAUUGAUGUGCAAUCGCAGAGUAUAAACAAUUACAGAUUUAUAAUGAAUUAUCAGGAUCACUUGACAAAAUUUGUUAUACUUAAACCACUAAAGACUAAACGAGCAGAAGAAAUAGCAUAUAACUUAAUGGAAAUUUAUACAACUUUUGGAGCGCCAGCAAUUCUACAUUCCGAUAAUGGAAGAGAGUUUGUUAAUAGUGUAAUUAAUGAAUUACAUACUAUGUGGGACGAUGUUAAAAUAGUGCACGGAAAACCAAGACAUAGUCAGAGUCAGGGGUCUAUAGAACGUGCGAACCGGGACGUGGAAGAUAUGUUGGCGACAUGGAUGGCGGAAACAAAUUCAACAGAUUGGCCAUCUGGAUUAAAAUUUAUCCAAUUUCGAAAAAAUCGUGCUUUUCAUUCUGGUAUCGGUCGAUCACCUUAUGAGGCGAUGUUUGGUUGUCCAGCUCGUUUAGGUGUUGUAUCAAUUGGUUUACCGGUUGACGAAAUUAGCUCUUUGAAAUCUGAGAAAGAUAUUGAAUGUGUUUUGAAGUCAAACAAAAACGAGGGAGUCGAAGAAAAUAUACCGUGUACUAGUAACUUGGAACAAGUGACUAGUGACAUAGAACUUGGUAAAAAAAAAAUGUAA